AUGUCCCAGCGCUCCGUGCACAGCCUACUCGAGUCCAUUGCCAAGGUUGAAUUCCGUUCCGCGCUUACCAAGCUGUUUCACGCAAAGUACGACAACUCUGAGCGCGAACGUACCACCAUCGACUCUGCGCUCUCACGCACGGUCGUUCUGCGCAACGCGGAGGAUGUUCUCCCUGGGCUGCUGGAGGGGAAGGUGAUUAGGGAUUGGAUCAAACGUCAGGGAAACAUGAAGCUGUAUCUUACCACUGGCAUCAAGCUCUUCGUGGAUGCGCAAGUCUCUACGCGGAGAGCUUCGGACGUGGAAACGAGUGUCAGCGCUACCAUUCCCGUCACAGACGUAGUCACAGCGGCCACUGGAGUCGCCCUCGCCUUCGCCGGUGCUGCUGAUGGCACUCUUUCGGGUUUGAGCAGCGGACACAGCACUUUAAAGACGACGUUCACCUCAGUGGCCGAGACGAUUUUCGCGAUCGAGUAUCGUCAACUGAAGAAUUUCAGAAAGUUCCUCUUCGGCUACGAGUUUGAGGACGUGCGUCUGCAGCCUGCUGUGCGCACCCCUUAUCACAAGAUCAGGCGCAUACUCGUGACCGACUCUCCGCCUGCCGAUGGGGAGUCUGAUGACGAACAGGGCGCUAGUAGUGCAAGGGAUACAUUCAUAGAGGAUGAUUUCACACCGGACGACGGAGGAUUUGCAGAAUAUUGGGCACUUCCCGAGGAUACUGUCAUGGAGAACGACUUCAUGCCGAACGAUGGGGCAUUCGCAUUCGAGGAAAAUGGUUAUGAAAUCUGGUGUUGGGCAGCGGCAAAUGAAGACGAAGCAGUGGGGAAGUAG